AUGCUCUUUACCAGAGGCAUUUCGCUACUCGCAGCGAUUCUGCCCCUCGUCGGCGCUGUUGCUAUCAAGGAAAGGAAGGUUAGCUCCGGCGUAUGUUCUCUGUCUCAUGGGUAUCUUGACUUCCUUCUGAGUAGCAUGGAGCAAGAACAGCAGGUUUACGCUGUUACAGGGUUUGUGAAGACCUCCGGCCAGAACUUCGAGCUUAAUGGUGAAAUCUUCACUGUGGUUGGGGCCAAUUCGUACUGGGUAGGCUUGACGGGCCUGAACACCAGCGAGAUGUACCAGACCUUCUCCAACAUAGCCGCGGUCGGUGCAACUGCGGUCCGAACCUGGGGCUUCAAUGACGUGACAAGUCCUAGUGGCGAUUAUUACCAGCUCUGGACUAACGGAGUAGCAACUAUCAACUAUGGAGCUACGGGUUUGGAGAACUUCGGCAGGUACAACGUUGUUGCCAACGCCAAGGCGAAUGGCAUAAGGUUGAUUGUUACCCUCACUAAUAACUGGGACAACUAUGGUGGAAUGGACGUCUACGUCAGCCAGCUGACUGGCACCGACUACCAUGACUACUUCUACACCAACCCCACCGUCAUCGCCGCAUACAAGACCUACUUGGAUGCAUUUGUGGGCCGGUAUGUCGAUGAGCCGGGAAUCCUGGCCUGGGAGCUCGCCAAUGAGCCGAGGUGUGCAGGCACUACCGGGACAACCUCGGGCAACUGCACCACGACUACUAUCACUAACUGGAUCUCGGAAAUCUCAGCUUACAUCCACUCCAUUGACCCAAACCACCUCGUGGGUAUUGGCGACGAAGGCUUCUACGCUAUUCCUACCAGCACAGAUUACCCGUAUCAAGGAGGCGAAGGCAUCAACUUCACGGCCAAUCUCGCUGUGCCCACCGUUGACUUCGGGACCGCCCAUCUGUAUCCUCUGCAAUGGGGCGAGACAGCAGACCCCAUUGAAUGGGGUGUCCAAUGGAUCCAGAACCACGCUGCGUCCCAGAAGGCUCAGAAUAAGCCUGUGCUCGUGGAGGAGUUCGGAGUGACUGUGAACAUGACUGAGACGUACGAAGCAUGGUACUCGGCCGCCAUCAGCUCUGGCUUGACGGGUAACCUGAUCUGGCAAGCUGGGUCGUAUCUGGCCUCUGGGCCUACGCCGAACGAUGGCUAUACGAUCUAUCCCAACAACACAGUGUAUCAGAUGGAGGCAUACUACGCUGGGCAGCUUAAAGCAAGGAAUGCGGCUUGAGGGCCCAAAAAGUCAUAAGCUUACCCUGGGGUGUCUUAUGGCGUACCAGCCUCUUCCCUGUAGUAUAUCCCCCGUUCUUGUACAAACGGUAGCGGAGUGAAUUAUAAAUGGCGACAUGCCUUUACCUCAACUUC